AUGGACGACGUGACAGCUCCCCGUCGAAGUGAAGCCAAAGAGCCUCCACCGCCCCCUGGCAUGCCGCGUUCCGGAACAACUCGGAUUGACGGAUGUGGCGAGGUGUUGAAAGAGGAAGCACAGGCUGCUCUGCUUCUCGUGAAGAAUGAAGGCAGCCGGACCACUGAAGGUAUGCUUGAAAACACCAGUGUGUUGGCUGCAGUCCUGAGUGUGGUGUCAGUGGUGUCACUGAGUCUCCUGUCUCUUCUCUGUAUUUGCUGUAAAAGGAAGACCAAGGUCAUACAUGAGGAGGAUCACACAUACGACCUGCAGACUUUUCAACGCGGGGGAAGUAUUUUUGCGGUGAUGCAGUCAAGACCAGUCACCAGAACCAAUCAGAUAACUUCAACCACAGUAGAAAUUCAAGAGGAACCAUCACAAGACGCAGCUGAUGAUCAGUCAGACUAUGAAAAUAUCAAACAUGUCGUCACUGCUGCACAUCACACAGGGAGACUGGAACAUACAUAUGUAUCUCCCAUCCCGAACGCAGUUUAUGGAAAUGAAAUGGUCCAAAAAGAUGAAAAUGAUGCUGAUCCAACAAUCGGUGUUUAUCAAAACUUUAUCCAAUCCUUGCCUAUAAUAGAUGAUGAGGACGACUACGAAAACUCUGAAUUCCUGCAGCAACAAGAAGAUGAUGAGCUCGAUUAUGUGAAUGAAAGCCGGGUUGUGCACUCGACGGGGACCAUGACCAGAAAACAUCAGUGAAUGACGCAGGCUACCUCUACUGUCUGUUUUCCAUGGCUAAAAGUACAAGUUGUUCCCUUUUAUUGUGUGACUGCUGUGUGUGAUGUGCAAAUUAUGUGGACAGCUGUGUGAAUAAAUACACAUGAACCCUCA